AUGCAAUUCUCUACUGUCGCUUCCGUUGCUGCUGUCGCCGCUGUCGCUUCCGCUCAAGCUAACGUUACCACCGCUACUGCUACUCAACACACCACCACUUUGGUUACCAUCACUGACUGUGAAGAACACAUCUGUUCCGAAAAGGUCUCCCCAGCUUGGGUUUCUACUGCCACCGUUACUGUCAACGACGUCGUUACUUUGACCACCACCUGGUGCCCAAUUGAAACCACUGUUCACAACACCACCAAGCCAGCUCCAGCUCCAACCACCGCUAAGCCAGCUCCAGCUCCAUCUUCUGCUAAGCCAGCUCCAGCUCCAGCUCCAAAGCCAGUUACCAACUCUACUGUCAAGCCAGCUCCAGCUCCAUCUUCUGCUAAGCCAGCUCCAGCUCCAUCUUCUGCUAAGCCAGCUCCAGCUCCAUCUUCUGCUAAGCCAGCUCCAGCUCCAUCUUCUGCUAAGCCAGCUCCAGCUCCAUCUUCUGCUAAGCCAGCUCCAUCUUCCAAGGCUGACACUACCACCACCACCAAGUUCGUUCAAACCACCACUUUGACUUCUUCUUCCAAGGCUGCUCCAUCUACCCACGCUGUCUCCUCUUACACUGGUGCUGCCGCUAAGGCUCUACCAGCUGCUGGUGCUUUGAUUGCCGGUGCUGCCGCUUUGUUGUUGUAA